AUGGACGACCAUUCGGGCCUUUCACAGGACUCCAAGUCAGUUUUCCCCUUCGCGAUCGCGACAUGGCUUGUCGUUCUCUGGAUAGGCUAUAGGAUCGCCAUUGCCGCUUACAACAUAUCACCUUUCCAUCCAUUGUCUCAUUUCCCAGGCCCAAAGAUCGCAGCUGUAUCCUACCUCUACGAAGCAUACUACGACUGGUGGCUCGGAGGACGAUAUGGCAAAGUCAUUGCCCGCAUGCACGAGCAAUACGGUCCCAUCGUACGCAUAAACCCAGACGAACUACAUUGCUCCGACCCUGCUUUCACAGACGAGAUAUAUGCUGGCCCCGGUCGCUCGCGCGAUAAGUGGCAGCAUCAACUGAACACUGGUGGAGUCGGACCUGUUGCGGUAACUGGAUUCUCGACAGUUGACCAUGACCUACACCGCGCACGGAAGGCGCCAUUGAGCAAGUUUUUCUCGCGUCAACAGAUGUUGAAGCUGGAGGGCGAAGUACAUGAGUUUGCCAUGAUGACGGCGAACAAGAUGCUCACUUUCGCUGGGAAAAGCGCCUUUGACGUCAAAGAAGCAUUCAACUGCUAUACUGCCGACGUGAUUUCCCAAUACGCAUUCGGUGAGCCCAUGGGCUUUGUCGCACAGGAAGGCUGGGAACCAAACUUCGCAACCUGGGUCAAGUCAUUCUUCAAGAGCGCAUACAUGAUGCGUCACAACGUUUUGGGUCGAAAGAUGGCGCAGGUCCUACCGUUCAUGGCUGAUUAUCUCGGCGAAGAUAUCAAGGCUGUCAUGCGAGUCAUGAACGUAACCAUUCCCCAGUACAUUGGCCAGGCUUUGAAGAACCCAGAGAACGGACGUGUUUUCGCUGAAGUCAUGGGUAAGGACAAGACUAUGUCUGAGGAGGAGAAGUUCCGCUACAAUGGCGAGGGUUUCAACUUUUUGCUUGCGGGUACCGAAACUACAGCUGCUAUACUUACCGUCUUCACCUACUGGACAUUGGCAAAGCCAGAGGUUUACCAGAGACUCCUGGCCGAUCUGUCCAGCGCCGGUAUCAACCUACAGACGCUCAAAUGGGUGGAACUAGAGAAGGUACCAUACUUCUGGGCUGUCCUGCAAGAGUGUCUGCGCAUGAUGCCUGGUGUGUCCCAUCGCUCAGCCAGGAUUGCUCGCUUGGAAGACUUACAUUACGUGUCCGCGGAUGGCAAAUCCGACUGGGUCAUUCCGAGAGGCACCCCCAUUGGCAUGACAUCCAUGAUCAACCACUGGAACAGGGAGCUUUUCCCCGACCCCGAUGAAUUCCUUCCUGAACGUUGGCUAUUGGAGGAUGGAUCGCAAAACUACGCACUGCAAAAGAAGCUGAUCGCAUUCGGAAAAGGAAGCCGCAGCUGCAUCGGUGAGCAACUGGCGUACUGUGAGCUGUACAUCAUGGGCGCGUACAUGGUACUCAAUGUUCUUCCGAGGGCGAAGCUUGUGGACACUGUGAAGGAGGACAUCACAUAUGACCAUGACUUGAUUGUUGCGCAGACGACGAAGGGCUCCAUUUCUGUUCGCAUCGCUAUCGAGUAA